AUGGCUUCUUCCUGUUGUUGUUCAUUUUGGUUUCCAGUGUACUUUGUCGUAUCUGUAACACUGGGAGUCAUAGCCAUUUGCUCAGCAGUGAGUUCAAGUUCCAAGAACUCACCCCAAGAAAUCGCACCCAUAACCCAUGACCUCUCAAUGAAUGCCUCCUUUGCUCUCAGAAGAGCAGGAUUCAUUGUCAUGGCUGAUCUUCUCCACCGUUCACCUCAAUUCUUCCUUCCUCCUCAAAACUCAACCAUCUUUGCCAUCAAAGACUCUGCUAUCAGAAACACCUCUCUUCCUCUCUGGUUCCUCAAAAACCUUCUCCUCUACCAUACCUCCACCUCCAAGGCCUCCAUGCAGGACCUCUUAAACAAGACCCCAGGUAGUUGCAUCCCAACCCUUUUUCGUCAAAAGAAUGUAGCUGUCACAAAGGUUGACCAUGCACAAAGAUCCGUUGAGAUCAAUCACGUGUUGAUAUCAAACCCUGAUAUAUUUCUUGGAGAGCAACUAGCCAUUCAUGGUGUUCUUGCACCGUUUUCUUCCUUGCAUCGUCAAGAUCCUCAAGGGGCUUGGGAUUUCAUUCACUCUGCGGCUUGUCGUUCCAAUUCUUCAAUAAUGUUUGAUGAAUCCAAGAACGUGGUUGAGUGGAACCGAAUUGUCCAGUUUCUUAGUUCAAAAGGGUAUGCUUCGUUUUCAAUUGCAUUGCAUUCUGUUCUUGAUGGGAUUCAGAAAGAUUCAGUGGGUUUGGGUUCAGCUACAAUCUUUGCUCCUCCUGAUUUGACAUUACUUGGAUAUCCUUCAACUUUUCUUCAUAGAGCUGUGAGGCUUCAUAUACUGCCUCAGAGGUUUAAUUACACAGAACUCACUUCUCUGCCGGUUAGGACUUUGUUGAAGACACUGGUGCCUGAUGAUGAUCUUGAAAUUGAUGGGGUUCUAGAUUUUAUACCAGGGGUGGUCAUUAAUGGUGUGGAGAUUGUGGCACCUGACAUGUUAACUUCUGAGAAAUUCGUAGUUCAUGGGAUUUCUAGAGCUUUUAAAAUGGCUGAGCUUAUUGGAUGA